UAUUGAUUGAAGACUAGUGUUGUCACACUAACAACACAAUCAAUGUUGUCACCCUAUCUAGUCUAGUCUCAAAUCGGCCAACAAUCAUCAUCAAGUUGUCUUCCACUCACUUUUGGACUAACAAACAGUCCAACUCGGGUCCAGAUCAUGUCAGUAAACUUAGGGUCAGUUAGUGUGAGUAACAUGUCCACAUGGGUGUGACAUUAGCAUACUCUCUCUUAUGAAAAACCUUUAAUCUUUUUCCUUCUAUCUUUAACGAACGAUUUCUCUCUCCUUUUAAGUCUGAAUUUUUUUUUGCACAAAUAAAUAAGAUUAAUUGUGAUAUUCAAAAUUAUAUCCAUUUUGAAAUAUUUUCAUAACAGAAAAAAUUGAGUAAUUAUUACGAGUCUAUACCAUAUGGUAUUUACUGGUAUUAAAUAAGAGCAUACCAUAUGGUAUGAAAGCGUACCAUGGUGGUAUGAAAAUACCAAGACUAUAGGAUGGUUGAAUACAUGAUAGUAGGAGUAUAAUAGCUGCCAUUUACGACUUUAAUCACUCUGCACCACAAAUUACCACCCCCCCAUAUCAGGGUGGUAUAUAAUGAUAUUUUUUGGUCCUCUAUUUUUUUCAUCCAAAAAUUUGUAGAUACAAUAGAUCAUGAUGAACUCGUUCAUUCUGUGCAAAUAUUUUCAAAAACGACUUAAAAACGGAGGAGAUACCAUAUGGUAUGUAGUUGAUAAUUAGAGGUGUGAAAAAAAAAUUCUCAAAAACUAUUGAAAAUUGAUAUCAUUUUGUAGAGCACAAAGAACUCGUUCCGUCUAUGCAAAAAAAAUUAAAAAAAUUAAGUUAGAAUGAAGAAGAUAAGUAUCGAUUAAGAAAACUAGAAAAUUAAAAUAUUUUUAAUUCACAACUCUUAAAUCUAUAUUUCUAAACUCACUUAAAUCCAAAUUACUUAUGAGUCAUGGGAGUAUCCAAUAUUUACUAACCCUAUCUUGAGCGUUCCAACUUUGGAGAGUCCAAAUUUUUUCCGGACAGCAAUUAUUUUGCCUCGUGCGGGCGAGCCCAAAGGCCCAAUCAGCACCGGCCCGUCUCGAAACCAGAAAAAGCUACGGCGGCGGCGGUGCAGAGAUGACGGCUGAAGCGGAAGCGGCAGCGGCAAAGCAAUAUAAUUUUUUUUUUUUAUCAAAAUCAAAAUUGACAGUUUCUUGAAGCUAAGAAGUACAGAAUGGCUCUGCCAAGUGAAUGGCUGUCGUCGUUACACACACCCAUCCUUUCCACUCUCCUACCCGCCACAACCACACCCUUUCAUAACCCCACUAUCCUUCAAUCUCCUCCUCUUCCUCCAUCGUCCCCUGGUUUCCUUCUCCCCCAGCAGCCAUGGCAGCGCUGCAGCAAUCCCUUUCGCUAGCCUCCCCAGUCUCCCAACGCCACCAUUAUCAGCAACCCAGAGCAGCUCUUUCAGGCUUGGCGCUCCAUUGCUCAAGAUCCCUCUUCAAUGGGCAGUCCUUGCGCCUACCUUGUAACCACCGCACGGCUUCCAUCAAGCGGAAUUCACAGGGUUCGUCUGGGGUUGUGGUGACAAUGAUGGCGAAGCCAUCAAUUCAGUUCAUCCAAGGAACCGAUGAACAGACAAUACCGGAUGUGAAGCUCACCAAGUCGAGGGACGGCACCAACGGCAUGGCCAUAUUCAACUUCGAGCAGCCUUCCGUGUUUGACUCCUCCGGUGAACUCGGCGACAUCACUGGCUUCUUCAUGAUUGACGAGGAGGGUGUGCUUCAGUCGGUUGAUGUCAGUGCCAAGUUUGUGAACGGGAAGCCGGCUCGCAUCGAAGCCAAGUACGUGAUGCGGACUCCCAGGGAGUGGGACAGGUUCAUGAGGUUCAUGGAGAGAUAUGCUAAUGCGAAUGGCUUGCAGUUUGUAAAGAAAUGAGGCAAUGUAUGUUGCUUACUUACUUACACCCUUCUCUCUUGUCUGAUAUCUCACUUACAAGUUCUAUUGUGUUCUUGUUCUCCAUUUUAGCUUUUGCUUGUGCACAUUAGUGGAGGUGAAGCUUCAGAAAUGUUCUGGUACCGUCUCCCGGAAGUGUUUUGUUGAAUG